GCAUCUCUCUUAAGAACCGGUCGAUCACAACGGGAGGAGAAGUGUGACCUGCGAGCUCUGACAUGGAUUCACAUGGGUGUUCUUCACUAAACCGCAGUCAGUCUCUGGCGAGCGGUCUGGAGAAGACUUCGCCGACGUGGAAUAAACCGUCUCACUCUCGGAGCAGUAGCACCCUGUCGUCUCGUCACUCCAGACAGAUCAUCAAAGAUUGGGAAGUGAUCGACGACCCUCAUGUAGAAAUGCACACAGGAAGUGACAACCCCCAAGAUGUCACCACGCCAGGUAUCUGUGAGGGUUACCUGCACAAGAGGAGGAAGUGGCCACUGAAAGGUUGGCACAAGAGAUUCUUUGUCUUAGAAGCAGGGAUUUUGCGUUACGCAAAAAAUCAACAUGAUGUCAUCAGAGGGAGAGUCCAGGGCUCCUUAGAUCUCAGCCUGGCUGUGAUGUCGAUAAACAAGAAAUCCCAUCAGAUCGACUUGGAUGCUGGACACAUCCUCUAUCACAUGAAGGCAAAGAGCCAUGAACUCUUCUACAUCUGGGUUACAAAGCUUCAAGCCCACCGCCAGUACAAGAAGAACGAGGCGGCGCAUGUUCAGAGCGGAUUCCUCCACACUUUGUCUCACGGGGCUGCAGUCGGACAAUCUCAGAGAAACGGAGACUUGAGCUCUGCAGGCAGGGCAGAUUCAACUGCAGCUUCUGGAGAGCUUCCUUCUGCUCACACCGCUGUGAACACCAAAGUGUCUGCCUGGCUGCAGCAAAGUCACGACCCAGACACUUGUGUGCAAGAGCUGAAUCGAUGCCAUGUUGACCUUACCGAGCUAAACCGCCUAAUCCAGAGGCUGCAGACGUUGGAGGCGGGCCAGUCUUUCACUAACGGAGACCUUAAACGCAUCAUCAGCACACACAAUUUGUCCCUUGAGAAGCCGAAGAAGCACAGGUCGGGGAAGAUCUGGGGUCACUCUCGCACGCUGUCCCGAGUGGAGGCGCUGGGGAUGCUCUCCUCCAGUCACCUGAGCAACUCGUCUCACCUCGGCGCAUCAGUCCCCUCCAUCCCCGACUAUGUCUACUCCCAGCUGUCCCCCUCUACUGUCACCCUGACGCCCGAGGGCAAGAAAAUCCACCAGGACAUCUGCGCCACAUCACUACGAGUGUUUAACUCCCUGAAGGCAGUUCAUGAAACUCUGUCCCUGGAGAGGCAGAAGCUGCAGGAAGUCUGGGACACCAACAACAUCCAUCGGCCCAACACAUUAGCAGAGACUGCAGACGCGAGGCAUUCCUCCCACGGGACUCCAUCAGUGACAGAUUCGGCGGCGGAAUAUUUUGACGCCAGCGAUGACGUCCUUUGUGCUUGUUCCUCUGAGGGGUCUGAUGAGUCAGGACUCAGUGAUGGGAGCACCACCAACUCUGAGCCAGAGGAGGGACAUGCUUCAGCCACCAGGAAGUACCGUGCAAGCAUCUCAAAGUCUCCUAACAGCGUUCUUCCCAAGAGCACCGGACGGAGAACCACACUUCCUGCUGAAUGUCCCGACAACAGCCACGUGGGCCUCAUGGCGAUCCUCUACAAUAACAUAGGUAAAGACUUGGCUCGGGUGUCCAUGCCUGCUGCUCUCAAUGAGCCUGUUAACCUGCUGCAGAGACUCUGUGAGGAGCUGGAGUACAGCGAGCUGCUGGAUACGGCAAACAACACUCAGGACCCCUACCAGAGGAUGGUUUACAUCGCUGCCUUUGCCAUCUCCGGUUACUCCACGGCCACGUUCAGAAACCGUUACAAGCCCUUUAACCCGGUGCUCGGGGAGACCUACGAGUGUGUCAGAGAGGACCGGGGCUUCAGACUCAUCAGUGAGCAGGUGUGCCACCAUCCUCUCUCCGCAUGCCACGCAGAAUCUGACAACUUUAGCUUUUGGCAAGACCAGAGAUGGAAAAACAAAUUCUGGGGGAAGUCUCUGGAGAUCCUGCCAACAGGGAUGGUGAAUGUCACUCUGUCAAGGUUUGGGGACCACUAUGAGUGGAACAAAGUAGUGACCUGUAUCCAUAACGUCCUCAGCCAGCAGCGAUACCUGGAGCAUUACGGAGAGGUCACCAUCCGAAACCUGAAGAGCAACGUGUGCACCUGCAAGAUUACGUUUGUCAAAUCUCGUUAUUGGGGUUCGGAAACGAACAAGAACGAGGUGCAGGGUACGGUGCUGGACCAGAGCGGGAGCGUCAUUCACCGGUUUGGAGGUCUGUGGCAUGAAGGCAUCUUCUGUGACACUCUGCCCACUCCGAAGUGCGUCUGGAAACCAAAUGCCAUGCCAAAGGAUUACCUGCUGUACUACGGCUUCUCCACCUUCGCCAUGGAGCUCAAUGAACUCCCCCCGGACCUGAAGCCUCUGCUGCCCCCUACUGACAGCCGCCUGCGCCCAGACCAGAGGAUGCUGGAGGACGGAUUUGUGGAGGAAUCGGACAAAAAGAAAGAUUAUCUGGAGGAGUUUCAGAGGGAGCGGAGGAAAGAGCUCGCCAAAAAGGGGGAAGAACACACCCCAAACUUCUUCAAGAAAUCCAAAGACUCGUGUGGACGGGAUGUGUGGAUAACAAACGACUCGUACUGGAAGCUCCGAGAGAAUCCAGGUUUUGCUAAAACUGCUAAUUUAACUCUGUGGUGAUGAGCGAGAGAGAGAGAUGAAUAAAUUACCUAGGGUGGAUAUUUGGACAGCAUAUAUGAACCGCUCUGAGUGGAGACAGUGCUGCCGAUCUCGCCUCGUUCCUUCUGCUCACCCGUGACUGGCUCAUGGGACGCAGACAGGAACAGGUGAAAUCACCCCGGAAACACAGAGACAGAAGGACCUUUUCUAAUGCGUUUAUUUAUUUAUUUAUUUUCUUUUUAGAUUACUCAAAUAGACAAAUAUAUGUCGAUAUAUUUUGGAGCGUUUUGGAUGAAAAUACCGCAGGUGUGAUGCAUGCGGUGCAAACGAGUGACUGGAAAUGAAACUCUUCCUCAUUCGGGGGUUAGAAACAGACCGACUGUGAUAGUGUAUAAAAUGUUGACGUGUAAUCAAAUCAUGUACUCCCACUCAGUUAGUCUACUGCGCUGAGGUCAGUGCUUCAGUCAGGGCAGGAUUACACAAGAGGACCAGUUAAAUCGUGGUCAUUUGACUUAAGGUUUGUUUGGAAACAUGCGUCAGUAAAGCCCGAUGACGACGAGAAGUUUGCCUUUCAUACUUGUCAGUAAUUAUUAUAUUCUUCAUUUAAUGUUGUUGUAAAUGACAUUGGUAUUUUACUUUUGGCACGUCCUGUGUGCGUGUUACACUGCAGGCUGAAUAUGCCUAAAUGAUCAAAGUGCAAAGUGUCCCCUUCCAGACCUUUACAGUCGUAGCUGCAGUAUUUAUAAAGCAUAAAAAUACCCAAAUGUUUCUCCAGUACUCAUCAAAGGUCACAUAUUCUGCAAAAUACACUUUAAAAUGUUGUUCUAACACUAAUAUGUGUCCAUAGUCUGUCUAUAAACCCCCCAAUGACGAGAAAAAGUCCAUCAUCUCCAUCUUUAACCUGCUCCACUUUUCAGAAAAUGUGUGCUCAAACAGGCUGUUUGGAGAUUUUCCCUUCAUGACAUCACAAAGGGCAGUAGCCCUUCCCCCAGGUGGGUGACACUCCCACAGCUAGGUGUUUGUUCUGCCCUCUGAGUCUGCCUUCUCACCGUAAACAAUAGGACAUGGAGCGAGACACCCGAGCUCUUCCAGAGAGGGGGCGUGGUCAGACACAGCUCAUUUACAUAUUUAAAGGUCCAGACAUAGAAACAGCCUGUUCUGAGCAGGGCUGAAAUAGAGGGGUUUAUAGACAUGAUCAAAUACAGGAUCAGAGUGGAUUUAGAACAAGAAACUUCACAUACAUGUUUUGGGAGCUCUGAGACUUAUUUACACUUUAAAAAAAUAAGGAGAAUAUGUGACCUUUAAUCAUAUGAAGUACUCUUAACUUUGUAAAUGUGACUUUCAUCUUAUUGAAUCUGAGGAUGAUAAUCGAAAUCAAACCCAAAUGCUUUGGUAAUCACUCACAUGGAUCAUGAUAAUGAAAAUAUUUUACUGUUUUUUAUUUGUUUUUCUGGAAUAUAUUAUUAAUUAAUGACAAAAUAACAACAUUUAAACGAGGAGAGAAGACAUUAUAAAGUAUUUUCAUGUGAUUAGUAGUGAAUGAAUAUCCAGCUGGUUGGAAACAUGUACAUACUGUAUUAAGACAUUAAUGUGUCCUCAUCACUGUGUCUAGUUUACAAAUGGAAAAGUCUUUGUUUGGAUUGACUUUCUUAAAAUAAAAAUAAAAAACUUCCUGGAUAUUAAAAUCUCAUUUAAUUCUGCUUUGUUCUGUUUUUAG